AUGUGCGCAUCACCAUCAUCGCGACACUCUUCUCUUCGCCGUCGCGCGGGAUAUCGAACCCAAACCUGCUACACUGCACUGCUCCUGCUGCUGCUGCUGCUGCUGCUCCUCCUCCUCCUCCUCCUCCUCCUGCUGCUCGUCGCGUGGAUCGAUCUCGUCGCCGUCCCCGAGCCCGUGCCGACCUCGUUCAGCGACCAGCGCCUGCGCAUUCCAUCUGCUCCCGCUGCUGCCCUGCCCUCCAGGGGCGACCUGCUUGCCUCCCGCUCCCCCCUCCUUCCGUCCUUACUUCGCUCCAGCCCCAGCCCCAGCCCCUGCCCCAGCCCCCAAGAGGCUGCCUCGCACGGCGCCAGACGGACUCCGUCUCGGUCCGCAGGGCGACUGCUCCACGCUGGCUGGCCCGCUGACUCCGUCCGCCGGCCCGCUCGUGCCUUGCCUUCUGCCGCCGCCGCCCAGACCCGCUCCGCCCCAGGGAAUCCGCUACUGAUUCCCGAAUCUCCUCACCGGCUCGAAGGCCGGCUGCAACCGGUCUCCGGUCGGCCAGGCACCCGCGAGCACACUCAGGCAGUCGUCCGUCGGCCGCGCGGUCGUGUUCUAGCCGGUCGCCCGCCUAGUGGGUGUAAUGGGACGGCGGAACAGUGGUUGAACGUCGUGGGGUGGGGUGACUCACAUCUAACCGGAGCGAGCGGUUAA